CCAUCAGGGUCGUGCUUGCAAACCUCGCGAGAAUAUCGCGCGCCGUCCGCUGGAGGAAGCUAUUGACUACCGCUUAAUUAUCGGCCAACAAACACACGCCUGCUCCCACUGCGGCGCGCUAUUUUGGAUUGAGGAAAGAAUUCGUUCGUCGUCGAAGAUCAACCCUCGCUUCAACUGCUGCGCGGAUGGUAGUAUAGUUCUCCCUCCAACCCUUCCACCUCCGCAGGAGCUCUCCGAUCUAUUUACUGCUACCGAGAUACGCACCGGUCGCCUAUGCCGCACUGAAGAGAGCGAGAGGUUCCAUCGCGCGAUUCGCUACUAUAAUGACGCAUUUUCCUUUUGUUCCAUUGGCGUGCAAAUUGACAGAGAACUCGCUCAGCAGCUGAGAGGUAGCUAUACUUUCCGUGCGCAUGGCGCCUUUUACCAUCGCAUUGGCGCGCUUCAGCCGGAGCACAAGCCUGCCGCAUACGCGCAACUGUACAUUUUCGAUACUGAAGACGAGCAACUUACACACCACGGCAUCGCUUUCUGAAAUCUUGACCCUAAUAUUUCCCGCACGAUCCAGCGCGUCCUGCAUGAAUCCCACCCGUUCGUCCAGGCAUUUCAAAACAACACAGAACGCAUCCGCACAGACAACUCGAUCACGCUACGCCUUGGAAUCGUCGAAGACGCAACAAAAGAUCCGCGUGUCUACAAUCGUCCAACUGCAUCCGAGGUUGCUGCACUUAUUCCUAUCACUGGUGGUGGGGACGGUGCGCGCCAUAUUGUGCUUCAGAGAUUCGGUGAUGGCGCCAAGGAAUUUCUCAAUGAGCAGCGGCAGGAGUAUCUCACCCUUCGAUAUCUUUUCCUCUAUCCGCGCGGUGAACUUGGG